UUGGCGUCAUUUCCGGCUUUGUUCAAGAUGGAGGCGAGUGGACUGAAGUUAAAUUUCUGGGAGAAUGGACCAAAACCUGGAGAAUUUUAUUCAUUUCCAGGUGCUGGUAAAAGCACGGUUCCAGGAUGUGGACCCAUACGACACACACUUAAUCCCAUGGUGACAGGGACAUCCGUGCUUGGGGUGAAGUUUACAGGUGGUGUCAUCAUUGCCGCAGACAUGCUGGGCUCUUAUGGCUCACUGGCCCGUUUCCGCAACAUCUCCCGUCUCAUGAAAGUCAAUGACAACACCAUCCUCGGAGCUUCAGGGGACUACGCAGACUACCAGUACCUUAAACAAGUCAUUGAACAGAUGGUGAUUGAUGAGGAACUCCUUGGAGAUGGUCACAGCUAUAGUCCCAAAGCCAUCCACUCCUGGCUAACUCGUGUCAUGUACAACCGCCGCAGUAGAAUGAACCCACUCUGGAACACAGUCAUUAUUGGAGGAUUUUACAAUGGAGAAAGCUUCCUGGGCUAUGUAGACAAGCUCGGUGUUGCAUAUGAAGCUCCAGCAGUAGCCACAGGAUUUGGUGCAUACUUGGCUCAGCCCUUGAUGAGAGAGGUACUUGAGAACAAAGUAGAAAUUUCCAAGGACGAGGCACGGGCACUGAUAGAUCGAUGUCUCAAAGUGCUGUACUACCGCGAUGCUCGUUCUUACAACAGGCAUGAGAUCGCCAUCGUGACUGAAGAAGGAGUUGAGAUUCUCGGACCACUGUCAUCAGAAACAAACUGGGACAUUGCCCAUAUGGUCAGUGGCUUUGAAUGAAGUGAAUCAUUCAAAUGCUCAUCAUUUUGCUCAUCUGGAUUUCUUUCAUCAGUGGAUUAUUUGUACCACAAGCGAACUGUAAUAUCAAGACUACACUUAGUAUGUUUUACACUUGUAUUUGUUACCCAGAAAUAAAAACCUAAAAAGUGA